AUGGUGAUCAAUGUGAACAGCAAGCAAGUGAAUCCCCCACCUUUAAGUUACAAAAGCUACACACCGAGGAGUAUAAAUCUGGGCCCAGUUAGCAGUCAAAAUGAGUCAAACGCAGGCGAUCACAUGAAGAAUUAUGUGCAAUAUUAUGGGAACCGAAAUGGCUCUGAAAUGGAGCCCUUGAAGCAUACCACUUCGCAGUACAUACCGAGGAGAAGAGACGAUCGACAGAAAACGAUGGGCGUGUUGGGCCUGGCCAAGCAGUGGAACAUUAACAGGGCCGACAUAAACCACAUUGUAGCUAACUACGCAAAUGCAAUUCGAGUGCCGACUAACCACAGCUUUGACGGUAGCACUCAGGUGAGGGCAUUUCACAACAGUAGGCCAGAACAUGUUAAGGAAAUACCCCCAUUAGAAGUUCAUAAAAGUAAAAUGAAUUCUCCUCCAGUAGAAAGAAAGACAACACCCAUCAGUGUUGAGAGCGAAAUGGACAGUAAGAGAGGUCUACCACUCCUGGGAAGGGAAUACCAAUCUGUGUACCUUAGGGGAAAUCAAAACGGCCAUGUGGUGGGAGAAACGGGGGAACGUCCAGCCAUGUCAAGUCAGGUGAAAAAAAAAAGUGUCACAGUAAGUAAUGGUGAAAAGGAUACCUUUUUUGGAGGUCCCAAGCGAGAAAAUAACAUUGCCAUUUCGACAAAUUUCCAGUCAAGCGGGGAUGAGAAGUUUAGCAGAGGAAAAACACACGUGGGUAGGAACAAAGCGGAUGGACAAAAGGGGGAACAAAGAAACAGCAAAGUAGGUGAAGAGUUAAAAAGUGAUCGGCUGAGCACUCCCCGUAGGUGGAACAACGACCAAUUGUUAAGUAGUGUCACCAUGCAGGAAUGUCAGCGUAGGAAUGGAAAAAAGGAACAUACAUCUCCACAGCGUGAUGGCAAAAGUGCCCAAAAGGGUGAGUCUUCCACCAAACCGCUAAAACAUCGAAGCUGUAGGGAACAAUUACCAAACAACAUUUCAAUCAAUUUGAAAAGAGACAUGUUUGACGUGACCAAAGGGUUACGCCUCUUCGAGCAUAUGAUAGUCGUUGAUAAAAAUAGCGUACUCAGAUUGUGGAAUGGCUUUGAAUGGAAGAGGGUGGAAAAUUAUUUCCAAUUUGUGACGACCGCUAGAUAUGACCAUAAGGGACACCUCUGGUGUGUUAACAGUUCGUAUGAGCUACUCAAAAGGAUGAAAAGGAAAUUUAAAAACUUUGGGCAUUUGGCUAACGAAGAAAUUGUAGAUAUCAGUUUUGAUAAAAAAAAUGUCUUAUGGUGUGUUAAUCGUAAGGGGGAGUUACUCAAGUGGAGUAGAACCAAAUGGACUAACGUGCCAUUUUUUGGAUUUCAUAAAUUGAUAAGUGUGGCCUUUGAUAGUAGGGGAGACCUCUGGGCUGUCAACACGAAGAGGGCGUUGGCGAUGUGGUGUGAAAAGGACCGUUGCUGGAAUGAAAAAGUGGUGAAGGAUGAUUUAAAAAUAUGUGCCAUCGAUUUUGACAACGACGGGCACAUUUGGGUCGUUUCCACUGCGGGCGCGCUGCUGACCUAUUCGCAGGGCCACUGGGUGAACUUUGGGUACGUCUGCUUGGACCGCUUGCUCUCGGUGGGGUUCAGGAAGUGCGCAGUGAGCGAUGAGCGGUGA